AUGGAGAUAUUACGAAUUCGGGGUCUUAAGUUUAAUUUUGGUGUAGAGUUUUCUAGGCUUACCAUUUUACGAUGUUUUGGAGAAUACGGACCUUUAUAUGAUGUUCUCCUUGAUGUGCCACAUGGUGAGGCCUUAGUGUCAUAUGUAGAGUCUGCAUCUGCCCAGGAUGCAUACCUGAAAAUGAACGGGUUUUUGCUUUUCGGUGAACCGAUAGAAGUUAGUAUUACAGCUCCUCCUGUAUCUGAUAUACCCGGAUGGACAGUUACUUAUAGACCUUCACGAUAUUUGAUUGUACGGGGAGCUUCAUAUUUGUGGGUGGAAUUAAAUUUAAGACAUGUGAAGGGAGUAGAUGCGAUUCAAAGUAUUGAUGCAAAUACAACCGUUGCAUCAUUUGAAAAUCAAACUAUUUCAACAGCAAUUAAACGAUUACUUGAUGGUCGCAUUGCUUACAAUGGCAAAUCUGUAUUGGUAUUAUAUCUGAAACAGGUUUGA